UAUGCCAUCUUAUUAUGUGACAUUUGCAUAUAGCGUGUCUUCAAAACUGCCGGCGGUGGUUUCCAAGGGCUCAAAACAAGCACUUGCAGAUCUCCUCAAAAACCUACAAUGACAACAUCCAAGCGUCUAGCAGAUAGAAAGGUGCAGAGGUUUGAUAAGAACAUCAAGAAACGCGGUUUAGUGCCUGAAACAUCUACAAAGAAGAAAGACUCUUACCCUGUGGGCCCUAUAGUGCUUGGGUUCUUCAUCUUUGUUGUGAUUGGAUCCUCUUUGUUUCAGAUAAUUCGCACAGCAACCAGCGGAGGCAUGGCUUAAGGUAUGAAUCACCAGUCAGGCUUUUUUAAACGUGCUUAUGGUUUGUUUUGUUUUUUGAAUGUGUUUAUGGUUUGUUUUUUUAGAGGUAAAACGAGUAUAACAUGUUAGUAGAUUGGCCAGCAACUUCUUAACUAUGUUUUUUUAUUGCUAUAAAGAAUCCUUACUUUCA